AGACCAUCAUAUCUCGCAAUAAGGCGUUUAAGGCGUUCAUAGUCAAUUACCGACUGCGGAAAAUAAACUAAACAGAUAUAUUCGGAUUGGGAAGCAUCAUGAGUGGGUACCGUGGAAUUGGAGGUGGCGGAUAUCCUUACAAGCCGUCCUCAUCGUCAAAUCGCUCUGCCAUGAAUGCGGUUCCACCACCUUCUUCGCUAAAUAAUCGGGGUUACCAGAAGUUUUCGUCGAGUUCAGCUAACAAGGCUGGUACUUCCAAACAUGGCUACUCUACCCUGGAGUCUAUCAGUCAGUUUACAAACUCCCAAAACUAUAUUGGAAAGCGAAGAGGGUGUAAUACUGAAGAUGACUACUUCGACGAUGACGACGAACAGACUACACCUUCACGGCCGUAUAUACCGGCUCCGGGUUCGCCAGGUUCACAGCAAUCUAACAAGCAAGAUAGUGAUUCUGAAGAAGAUCCGUUGGACCAAUUUAUGGCUGGACUGGAAAAGCAGGUCGAAAGAGAAAAAGUUUGCAAGGAAGGAAACCAGUCAGGCGUUCCCGCUGUAGCAAAGGGGGUACGUGGCGACAUUGACGAAGAGGACAAUGAAGAAAGUUAUUACCGAUACAUGGAAGAAAAUCCUCAGGCUGGACUAAGAGAUGAUAAUUCAGAUGUGGAGAUCGAGUACGACGAGGAUGGCAAUCCUAUUGCUCCACCAAAAAAGAAAGAUAUCGACCCUUUACCUCCGAUAUAUCAUUCUCAGAUAGAUUACGAGCCGUUCGAAAAAAAUUUUUACACACCGCAUGAAGACAUUUCAAAUCUAAAUGAGGAGCAAGUACGAGAUCUACGAAAAACACUUGGAGUUAAAGUUACAGGUCCCGAACCGCCAAAUCCGGUAACUUCAUUUGCUCAUUUCGGAUUUGAAGAAACUCUUAUGAAGGCCAUACGAAAGGCAGAGUACACCCAGCCAACCCCUAUACAAGCACAAUCUAUCCCAGCAGCCUUGGGAGGCCGAGAUAUUAUUGGAAUAGCCAAAACUGGGUCUGGCAAAACAGCUGCUUUUAUAUGGCCUAUGCUCGUUCACAUAAUGGAUCAACGUGAGCUAAAGACUGGUGACGGACCCAUUGGUUUGAUAUUAGCACCUACCAGAGAAUUGUCCUUACAAAUAUACAACGAAACUAAAAAGUUUGGUAAGGUUUACAAUGUUAAUGUAGUCUGUUGUUAUGGAGGCGGAUCCAAGUGGGAACAAAGCAAAGCUUUGGAACAAGGCGCGGAAAUUGUGGUAGCUACACCAGGUCGUAUGAUCGAUAUGGUCAAGAUGAAAGCCACUAACUUACGCAGAGUUACCUUUUUGGUUCUUGACGAAGCCGAUCGAAUGUUUCACAUGGGGUUCGAACCACAGGUUAGAUCUAUAUGUAAUCAUGUUCGUCCAGAUCGCCAAACGUUACUUUUCUCCGCCACUUUCAAAAAGCGCAUAGAGCGCCUGGCGCGAGACGUUCUUACAGACCCCGUCCGUAUUGUGCAAGGUGACCUUAAUGAGGCCAAUCAAGAUAUUACCCAAUAUGUAUUUGUUUUUCCCAAUCCACUGCAAAAGUGGAAUUGGCUCCUUUUGAAUUUAGUGCGAUUCUUGUCGGAGGGCAGCGUUUUAAUAUUUGUGACAAAGAAAGUCGACGCCGAAACGGUUGCAAGUAACUUGCUAACUAAGGAAUACAACUGUCUUUUGCUACACGGCGAUAUGGACCAGGCGGAGCGUAACAAGGUAAUAACACAAUUUAAACGGAAGGAUUGUGAUAUUUUGGUUGCUACGGAUGUGGCAGCACGAGGCUUAGACAUACCUCAUAUUAAGAACGUCAUUAAUUACGACAUUGCCCGGGACAUCGAUACCCACACGCAUCGCAUUGGGCGAACAGGCAGAGCUGGAGAAAAGGGAACAGCAUACACGCUAGUCACUGAGAAAGACAAAGAAUUCGCCGGGCAUUUGGUGCGGAAUUUAGAAGGUGCAGACCAAGAGGUACCCCAAGAUUUAAUGGACCUUGCAAUGAAGAGUUCUUGGUUUCGAAGUUCUAGAUUUAAGCAAGGAAAGGGAAAAAAACCUGCGGGCAACUAUGCAGGCUUGGGGUAUCGAGAGCGCGCAGCGCCAACAUAUAGCGAAACGAGAGGUAGCUAUGCGAACACAAGCAAAUCACUAUCUUCUGCUGGCCCAGCAACAGACCGGUACGCUGCCAUGCGAGAAGCUUUCCGUGCUCAAUAUAUGUCACAGUUUAAACCGUCUACCGACCGUACAUGGGAGGAGACAUUACCUGAAACAGGUGUUUUUGCAGCUCCUGCUCCACCACCGCCACCAUCCACGUCGAUUUCAGCAAAACACUCCAACAUUGAUACAUCUGAAAAUAAGCGUAAGGCAAAGAAAAGUAGGUGGAACUAGUACAGCUGCAAACAUAAUAGAUAGCAUUAUAAUAUAUAUAUAUAUUUUAUUUAUAUUUCCCCAUAUAACUCAUAUAAAAUAACCAAUAAAGAAGUGGUAAUAUCAUUGUUUGAUAUGCCCAGAGAUAAAGGUA